AUGAGUUCACAGCUUGGUGGUAGGUCACACCAUGGCGAGUCUAGUCACACCAAAACCCACCAUAGUCGUUCCCAGUGUAGCCAUUCUCAUCAUGCUCGGUCACAUCUUGACAAGCCUGUGGAGGCUGCCGUGCAUAAAGACGUUAAAGAUCUCCAGGAGAAGUUUGAAAAAAUGGCCUUCUUAAUUGAAAAUGGGGAAAAUUGGUCCGCCACCGAGCAUCUCAUGCAACACACCAAUUUACCUUUUACUGAUCGGGUGAUGAGGUUUCCAAUGCCUAGUAGUUUUAAGGUUCUUCGGAUCGGCGAAUAUGAUGGAAGUGGAGAUCCUUCCGACCACAUGGAAAGCUUCCGAGCUCACAUCAUCCUUCAUGAAACUCUUGACGAAAUCGCUUGCCGAGCCUUCCCGUUAACUCUAAGGGGAGUUGCCAAAGAAUGGUUUGGAAGUCUGAGUCCUAAAUCUGUUGAUAAUUUCGAUUAUCUUGGGCAGCAGUUCUUAGGACAAUUUCUUGCCGUUCAAAGGAGAAAGAAGAAUCCAGCAUAUCUACUAUCCUUAGUGCAAGGGAAGAACGAGUCCUUGAAUGAUUAUUUGUUGCGGUUCAAUUGGGGGAAGCUGGCAGUGGAGAGUACUGACGAGCAAACCAUUCUCUCAGUAUUGAUGCACGGAACUUUGCGACAGUUCAACAGCAAGGCAGAGGAGUUCAUCAACCAGGAAGAGACUAUCUCAGCGUUGCUGAAAUCUAAAGCUGCUGAGAACAAACCUGCUACUGAUCCAGGUAUGAUGAAACCGAAGGUCUAUGUCGAGAAGAAAAAGAAGGAUCGCCAAAAUCCUAAGAUUCUGGAAAGAAAGGUCGAUAUACCUCCUCGGCCAAAUCAGCAUCAACAAUAUGUGGAAUGGACACCCCUGAAUACAACUGUUUAUAAGGUGUUCAUGGAAGUUAAGAAGGAUCCGAGCUUCCGAUGGCCAGGAAGGAUGAAGCCUCCUCCCCAGAACCGUAAUACUCGGAAGUUUUGUGAGUAUCAUAAUGAUCAUGGGCAUCAAACCGAGGAUUGUAUUAGUCUUCGGUUCGAGAUUGAAAAAUUUCUGAGGAAUGGAAAGUUGCUGAAUUUCUUGGUUGAAGAAAAUGGCAAGGGGAAGAGCACCCAGGAUGGUCAGGGUCAGCAUUCGGGACAGAAUAAUGAUCGAUCAUGCAAUCAAAGCCAGAGGUGUGAGGAACAGAGGGUUUCGCGGAAUCAGCAGCAAAAUCCCCAGAACUAA